AGCUCCUCAGCGGUAGUCUCACGAGCCUCAGAAGUCGGCACUGGUUGUCCUUCUGUCACAUUCGUUCUAGUAUCACGUUUUAACGACUCCUUACGACUCUACUCUACCUCCAGCAUCCGCAUCUUUGCGCUUCUCGUACUUCGUUCAAGAUGAUGUUCAAGGCUCCAUUCUCCACCCUUGUCGCCCUUCUUUGCCUGAUGGCUUCUCCCGCAAUGUCCGCACCGCUGUCGGCUCGUGAAUACAGCAUCGCGCAGGACAUUGCAGCACGUGCAGUUGCAGCAUCUCCCCAACAGGGCAGUGAGGCGCUUGGCAUCUUCAGUCUCAUCGGUGAUGGGCUGCAGGGCCUCGGACAUCUCAUCGAGUCCAAGACGAGCAGCAAGCGUGACCUCACGGCUCGUGAAUAUGCCAUCGCUUACGACCUCGCAGCUCGCGCCACUGCAGCGCCUCCCCAGCAAGGCAGUGAGGCCUUUGGAAUUUUCAGCCUCAUAGGUGAUGGGCUGCAGGGGCUCGGACAUCUCAUCGAGUCCAAGACGAGCAGCAAGCGUGACCUCACGGCUCGUGACUACGCCAUUGCUUAUGACCUCGCAGCUCGCGCCGCCGCUGCGCCUCCACAGCAAGGCAGUGAGGCGCUUGGCAUCUUCAGUCUCAUAGGCGAUGGGUUGGAGGGUCUCGGUCACUUCGUCGAAGACAAGACUAGCAAUAAGAAGAGCCGCGAUCUGUCCGAUCUGAUCGCCCGCAAGAAUACCCUGUACAUGGAACACGGUCCUGCAGUGUACCACACGCCGACACAUGCUUCUCCUCGAUUCGACAGCUACCGGUAAGCUGUUUUAUAUCUCUAAUGGAACGAAUUCUGACGCGCCAUCCUCAUAGUGCGCAUCAUGCUCGGGAGCUAGAGGAGCUUCUUGCCCGCGCAGACGACGAUGGCAGCGCGGCGAUUGCCACUCUCAAUGU